GCCACAGUGCAGAGAACAUCUGUUGUUGCCGGCAUGUCGCAGGUUAAGAAGGCGUUGGAUGUACUGCUCCAGGAGGCGGAAGAGCUGUGCAUCGGGAGCAGUGUAGUGGAGCUGGAUCGGAUUCCCACUGCCCUGGAGUUCUGCCGCGACUACUACUCCAAGAACCAGCCGGUAGUCAUCCGACAGGCGCUCUCGUGGCCUGCAAUCGGUAAAUGGACGCCGGAAUACCUUAUCAAGGCUCUCGGGGACAGGAAAGUGGACGUUGCCAUCACUCCGAAUGGCUACGCCGAUGGUCUGGCCACUGAAAAAGGUCAGGAGUACUUCGUCCUGCCGCUGGAGACGCAAAUGAAGCUAUCCGAACUGGUCCGCCGUUUGGAUGAUCCCACAGGACCCGUCCACUACGUCCAGAAGCAAAACUCCAACCUCAGUGUGGACCUACCAGAACUGGUGGCCGAUCUGCGGAUUAGUGAUCUGGACUUUGCCCAGCAGUCGUUUAACAAGCCGCCCGACGCCGUCAACUUUUGGCUGGGCGACGAGCGUGCCGUGACCUCCAUGCACAAGGAUCCAUACGAGAACAUUUACUGUGUGAUUUCCGGCCACAAGGACUUCAUCCUCAUCCCGCCGCACCAACUAAGCUGUGUGCCCCGAGGGCUUUACAAGACCGGCGUGUACAGGACCUCGGAAAGUGGGCAAUUCCACAUUGAACCCCUGCAGGAUGAGGAGGGCAUCGAGCAGAGGACUGAAUGGGUCAGCAUUGAUCCCCUGGCACCUGACUUGGCCAAGUAUCCGGAGUAUGCCCGGGCCAAGCCGCUGAAGGUGCGCGUUCACGCCGGAGACAUCCUUUACCUGCCCAACUACUGGUUCCACCACGUGUCCCAGAGCCACAAGUGCAUCGCUGUGAACUUCUGGUACGACCUGGACUACGACAGUCGCUACUGCUACUACCGCAUGCUGGAGCAGAUGACGACCAGCAGGAGUAACUAGCAUCCCUCAGGAAUUGUUAUCAAAACUAUAAACAUAUCUUGUUGUCUUUAGUGUAUAUUUAUAUAUAAUAUUGUUGCAUAAUUUAAUGUUAAAUAAAAAACUAUAAG